AUGACUGCCAUGUUGGGAUCAUCGGAGUACAUACGAUCAUCGGAGUACAUACGAUCAUCGGAGUACAUACUUGAAUGCCUGCUGGGGGUGUCCCUACGGGAGGCGUUACGGACGCCACAGCUGAGCGUCCGCAAGCAGUUGUUCUGCAUGACGGGCUACAACCUUACCAUACAACCUGACACCCAGAUACGGGGCACUACUGAACACUAUAACCUCUACGCAAUCCUGGAGGUGCGGGCUGUGGGUAAGGGAGAGGUGCAGAUCCGCGGAGUUGAUUCAGGACUUUUCCUCGCCAUGUCCAGGAAAGGCAGACUCUACGGGGAGCCUGACCAGUACAAAGAGAACACCGUGUUCGUAGAGACGCUCUCUGGCGCCUUCUACAACUACCUGUCCCGAAAGUAUGCUCACCACGGAUGGUACGCCGCCAUCAAGAAGAGUGGACGACCCAAGCGCGCCAAGAAGACCGAGUACGGUCAGCGGGCUGUCCAGUUCCUCCCUAGACACCCUUAUCCUUUAGGGUAAAUUUAGGUAGCAUUCAUAUCAUUUAGGGUAAAUUUAGGCAGCAUUCUCGUCCUUUAGGGUAAA